AUGGGUAGUGACGAGUUACCAUAUGCCCUAGAUGCGGAGACUCCCCUGAAGGAGUCGGAGCUUCAGGUUCUCCGCGACCAGUUUGAGAAGGAGGGCGAGAUGGUGAGCGUGCAGACAAAGUUCAACUACGCUUGGGGUCUUGUAAAAUCGAGUUCCAGGGCCGACCAGCAACUCGGUGUUCGUCUUUUGUCUGACAUCUUCCGUGUGGCCCCCGAGCGCCGACGAGAGUGUCUAUACUAUCUUGCCCUUGGCAACUAUAAGCUCGGCAACUACAACGAAGCGAGGCGAUACAAUGAUAUUUUGCUCGACAAGGAACCUGCCAACCUGCAGGCCUCGAACCUCCAGACGCUGAUUGAUGACCGGGUCACUCGAGAAGGGCUUGUGGGCGUUGCGAUAAUGGGUGGCGUGGCCGUGGCUGCCGGCGCUGUGGGUGCCUUCCUACUAAGGAACGCGCGCAAGAGGUGA